CGGUCACGCCCGGACAGUUUAGCGUCGUACACAGGAAGUAAAUUCAAGUCAGCCAGAGAAGUGGUUGUAAUUCGCUAGUGUUCCAAGUGUUUUGGUCAGCAAACAGUUUAUAUAAUUUCGAAUUGUAGUAUAUUGGUCAUUCAACAUGCUGAUCAAGGUUAAGACUCUCACUGGAAAAGAAAUUGAGAUUGACAUUGAGCCCACAGACAAGGUGGAGCGAAUUAAAGAGAGGGUGGAAGAGAAGGAAGGGAUCCCUCCACAGCAGCAAAGACUCAUCUACAGUGGAAAACAGAUGAACGAUGAGAAGACAGCUGCAGACUACAAGAUCCAGGGAGGCUCGGUGCUCCAUCUCGUGUUGGCGCUAAGAGGCGGCUCGACGCUCCACAGGCCCUGCUUACACCUCUCCAGCUCGUCAUGAGCGGCUGUGGCGGUGGGGCCAGCCGAGUGCCAACGCUUUAGGUGUCUGUCACAGUCUAACCAUGUUACAGCACAGAGAUCUGAAAUCCCACGCUCCCGGCAGAUGCAAACAAAAAGAAACAAAAAUCACCCAACAACAGCAGAAAAAGAAAAAAAAAGGACGUUCAAUUUCCUUUGUAGAAGUUUUUUUGUAAACCCACAUUGGCUUUCUGAGUUUGACCAGUUGAUGCAGGCACCCAUGCAGUACAGGUGACAGUUUGAGAACACUGUGGUCUUUUUGCUUGUGAAUAAAUGCUGAAGUUGA